GGAUGGUUGGAUGGAUGGGUGGAUGGGGUGGAUGGGGUGGAUGGGGUGGGCAGGCAGCAUAGCCCCUUUUCUCCGUGUCCAAGUCCUGGGCCCAGCUUUCUCCCUUUCCUUGCCCAGCGCCCACAGACCCCUGCUUUACCCUCGAUUGUGCGCCCACUUAGCACCUUGGUGCCUGCUGAUCCCUCCAUCUGCCAGUCUCUACCCCACCUGGGUAACUCCUGGAGGUCUCAUUUGAGGGGGUGAGGAUUGAGGCACUGGUGAGAGCUGGGGGUCCCCCCCAUUAGCCCAGCCUGUGCCUCUGUGCCUCCCAUAAUGUUUUGUCUCACCUCCUGUCCACCCCAGGGCCAACACCUAGCCUUGCGGGCUAAGGUAACUGGAUGGGGGAGAUAGGUUUUUGUGUUUGUGAAUAAGUAUGGACAGGUGGCCUUAUACCUCAAUGAGUUCAUCCAUUAAAUGGGGGUUCCACUGAGAUGAUGGGCAUGAAAGCUCCCUGAGGGAGACUGAGCUAGGGGCCUUAAUCCUUGUCCUUUCCCGCCCAUGUGCCUGGCACCAUCCCCCUUCCUGAGACAAUUGGAGCAUCAGUAGCUCCCCCUUUCCCCAAAGAGCCCAGGGGCACCUGGCUCCUCCCCCAGCCCAAGGGAAGGAAGAAAGAAGUUACUAAGUUGCUGACUAUAUCAAUGCUUGUCUUUGGGGUGGGGCUUCCACCCCCUCUCCAUCACCCUGUGGGGCAGGAGAGGCAGGCCUCACAGGCCUCCUCCAAGGAGGGGUAGGCAGGGGUAGCCCUCCCAAUGCCCUCUGGGGGGUGGCUUGUGGCUAAGCCCUCCUAAUUGUGGGUGCCCCCUGCAGCCUGUGUUCUGUCACCCCCCAUUGCCCCCAGCCCACUCAGAGAUCAUGUAUCCCUUGGCAGGUGCAUUUAUGGGGGAGCAGCAGUAAGCCCCCCUGUGACAAUAAGGAACCUCCCACAGCCUGCUCCUCCCCCUUCACACCCCCUUGGAGGUAUAAGGAGGGAACUGACAGCCCAGACUCGUAGGCUCCAGAGAAGGGAAGGGAGGGGCAGAGAGGAAGGGGUAGAAAGACGAGCUUUGGGCAGGCAGGGUUUAUUCUCUUUCCCCCUCUGCCUGGCACACAUUGCCCAGCUAUGGGAACCUUCGACCUAUGGACAGAUUACCUGGGUUUGGCACGUCUGGUGGGGGCUCUGCGUGGGGAAGAGGAGCCUGAAACCAGGCCGGACCCCCAGCCACAGCCAGCUCCAGGACCAGAGGCUCGGAGGCCCAGCCCGGAAUCUUCACCAGCUCCUGAACGCCUGUGCUCUUUCUGCAAACACAACGGCGAGUCCCGGGCCAUCUACCAGUCCCAUGUGCUCAAGGAUGAGGCGGGCCGAGUGCUGUGUCCUAUCCUGCGUGACUACGUGUGCCCCCAGUGCGGUGCCACGCGCGACCGUGCCCACACGCGCCGUUUCUGCCCGCUCACCGGCCAGGGCUACACCUCUGUCUACAGCUACACCACCCGCAACUCAGCUGGCAAGAAGGUCUCCCGGCCUGACAAGGCAAGGAUGCAGGACGCAGGGAAUCGCCGAGCGGGAACAGGAGCAGCAGCAGCAGCAGCAGCGUGUGCAGGUUCCAAAGGUACGGGGAAGUCUUCUGGACCCUCGCCUUCUUCCUGCUGCCCCUCCACUUCUGCCUAGGAGACCGGUGCAGGGAGGAUGGAGAUGCUGCCUUCCCUUGGGUGUGGGGACCCAGACUUGAUGGAAGAUGUAUUUUGGGGGAAGAUCCACCUUGCAAGGACCUGCCCCUGGGCCCUUGCCCCAGCCUGGAGGCCUGGUAAGAAAGCAGGGCCUGGGAGCACAGCUGAAAGAGUCUCCAUCAGGAAGGAGGUGGCCGUCAGGCACCCUGGCCCUCCUUCCCCAGCACUGGGCACCCAGUCAGCGCUCAAUAAAUGCUUAUGAAUGGAUCAGCGUAAUAGGCCAGGUCUUGGGAUGAGGUAGCGUGAACAGGUCCAGAGGGGCUGGGGCACCUCUUUUCUAUCCUGGCUGCACCUACCAGCCCCCGCAUGUUAUUCUGACCGCCACUCUCCCCACCUGUUAUUUGCAUUUUGGUUCAUCCUGGAGCACUGGGUGAGCUGCUUUAUGCUGAGAUGGAAGUGGGCACCAG